AUGACUCUGGACUCAGAUGUAAACACAAGUGGAGGGGGUUGGACAUGUGCUCUCAUCUCCAGGAGAUAAUCUUCUCAUAAACUUCACUUAUUAUAAGGAAAAUUAAGCAUAUUUGCCACAGACCAUAGAUUAUUACGGAAAUUGGUACAACAAGCAUCCAUGCAGAAAUGCUUAACCCAGAAGUAGUUAACUUCCCAGCACCAGAAAGCCGUGUGUCGUACAGUCAACACACCUGGAAUGACAUGAGCAGUGAUGACUCGUGGCAUCAAGUCAUUGAUGACCAUCCAUUUAAUACCAAAGUAUCACUGCUACUCCCAGACACCCCAACAUUGCCUCAGAUCAUACAUGAUGCAGUUGCAGAUGAUGGAGAGUUCUACUUAGUAAGGAACUUACCUCUUUUGGAGUUAUGUUCUCCAACUUUUCUACAGGCAUUUGUGAAGACAGGAUGUUUAAAUGCAGUUAGUUGUGAUACUCGUUUAGACGUGGACAACACUGCAGCAUUAACAUCAGAUGGACUGCUUCAUCUCAUACUCAACAAGUUCACAUAUCAAGAAUUACGACUAAAUGGCUCUUUGUCAUCCCACAUACUCCGCAAACCCCUAGAAAAGUAUGUUGUUGAAGUGAAUAUGCAGAAGCAGUGCUUCAAGCCCGGAAAAGCAUACUAUGAAAGAGUUAUAACCGCCUUCACAGAAGUUCAGCUUAGGUUUAACUUUUGGUUAACAUGGAUUCCAGAUAAUGCAGAAAUUUGUCCUUCAUCUGUAGCUAAAUAUUUCCAUGAUCUUGGCUACAGUAUUGAGGAACAGCAUCCAUGCUUGAAUUGGAACAUUGUGAGGGAAGCUGCUAUGCCCUUACUUUGUACAGCUUCAGAAGAGGACCCUCAAGAUGUUUUGGAAUGGAUUGGAUGUCAGACACUUGGUGUAAAAAUGAUGAGAGCUACGCUCGUGGUGUCCCGUCUUCCCAGCACUAGACAAUUGCCAGGGAAGUGGAAGGUACAACAGUAUGUGAGGUGGUCACUCCAGAGCCAAAUGUUCGUGUUAAUAACCUGUAUGUAUUGCAGUGUAUUGGGUUUUUUUCCCCAGCCCAUCUACAGAUCUUACUCCAGCAAAUCAGGUUGUGGUUGAACCAGAGGAAAGAAUCGGCUGUGCCUUGGGUCAGUAUGACAGUAUAUGGGCACCCAGAUUCACCUGUCACUUGGGGUAACACAGAACAUGUUUAUUGUGCAAAUGGUGACAAUUUAUAUACGUUAAUUAUUCUGAGGGACCAACUGCAAGUAUACAGAAUAUCAGGUUCAAGAAAACCACAGAGAUUGUAUGUGAAAUCAAAUAAAAAUAAAUGAGACUGGUCUGAAAACUA